AUGGACCUUGAGAGAUUUGGCCGGGCACUUCACCUCCGUUGGCCUUGGCUUCAAUGGACGGACCCAGACAGGCCUUGGGUGGGUUCUGAGCUGCCCUGCGACCAAGCUGACCUGAUCCUAUUUCGCGCCUGCACUACCAUCUCGUUGGGCAAUGGGGAAAAGGCUCUCUUCUGGCAUGACAACUGGAGUGGUAAAGGGCCCCUCAAGCUUAUUGCACCUGAGCUUUUCAAGAUAGCCUCCAGGAAAAACAGAACGGUGCACGAAGAAUUAUCGAACGAGAGUUGGAUCAGGGCAGUCUCUAGCCUUCGGUCCAUGCACCAGCUGGGGGAAUUCGUGUCUAUAUGGGAGUGGAUCAGCCAGACCACCCUGUUACCGACCAACGAGGACCACAUUUCCUGGAACCUGACUACCAACGGGGCUUACUCCUCUGCGUCGGUGUAUGGGGCGCAAUUCUAUGGCUCUCAUCCUAGGUUUAACCCCCCCAAGGUCUGGUCCGCUCAUGCCAAACCCAAGUGCAAAUUCUUCGCCUGGCUGUCCCUCCAUGGGAGGAUUUUGACUGCGGACAGGAGCCAGAAACUGCAAGCCAUCUCUGCAAGGACUGCCCCUUUUGUGACGCCCGGAUAA